AUGGCGCCUUUGAUGGCCGCAGCGCCAACGGCUUCAAGGUGCGGUGCUGACCACGAAGUGACUGCUUUUCCUGUGUCGUGGGAUCCUUUCUCCUCGGCCUCUCAGCAGCCCGAGCCUCCUUUAAUUAGUGACGAGUUCAAAGCCAACUGGAACCAGCACAAGUGGGACCCAAAUGUCUCGCACAUCGCAUCGGGCUAUAUCUACAACUCACCAAGCAAUAAAAAGGUCAGAGCGGACGUGACAUCUGACUCCGGUUUCGCAUCCUCGCUCUUCGACUACACUGAUGUCUCCUCCGAGGGGUUGGUCUCCAAUACUCUGUACAACCUCGAGCCGUGCAUUGCUGCGCCGCCACAGUUAUGGCAAGGCUACGUCAAUCCUACUUUUCCGCUCUUCAGUACCGACAUCCUUGUCACAAGCAACGCCGUCUUUGGUGGGAUAGUUAAGGAUCAGUUUAAUGGAAAGGUCGCUUCUUGGAGCAUCAUGUACGGAGGCAGUAUUCCCGUGACGGUCUACCUUGACGCCUGCAACACUCUUGUCGGAUGGGAUUCUUUUAUCAACGGGUCGCGCACGAGAAUCAUUACGAGGUUUUUCAACAUCGUGGUUGGUAAGCUCGAUUCGAAGUACUUCUGCUUUCCGACGCAGGCUUGA